AUGAAGCUUUCGAUUCUCGUUGCCGUUGCCUCCGUCUUCCCGACGCUAUCUAGCUGCCAUGCAUACUUUGCUGGGUUCAAUUUGCCCCACAAUACGGCAAGCGGCGGAUGCAAGACCACACAGGAUUGGAGGAGGGAGUUUGCCACACUCAAGUCAUGGAGUACGGGUGGCAAGGGUAACUUCGAUACAGUCAAGAUCUUCUCUACGAGCGGCUGUGAUGCCCUUUCCAAUGCUGUUCCAGCUGCAAUGGAGACUGGGAUAAAGCUGUGGGUUGGUGUCUGGAAUACUCCGUCUUGGAAAUUCGACGUCGAUAAAGCAGCCCUUGAGUCCGCGAUCCGGAGGUAUCCAGACACUCGUAGGUGGCUCCGAGGUAUCAAUGUUGGAUCUGAGAGCUUGUACACUCGGCAAGUGACCGCAGCUGAAUUGGUGGGACAAAUAAAGGAUGUCAAGGGCAUGAUCCAUAAAACCCUCAAGUCCCCUUGGACGCCCAUCGGCACUGCGGAUACCUGGAACGUCCUCGUCGAUCCAGCAAACCGUGCCGUAACCGAUGUCUCGAAUGUCGUCGUCAUGAACGCAUUCCCUUUCUGGGAGGGGAUUCACAUCGACGGUGCUCUCGAGAGGUUGAAAUUCAAUAUCCGGGAGACGAGGAAGGCCAUUGGUUGGGAGAAGUUCUUCAUCAUAGGUGAAACCGGAUGGCCAACGGACGGACGCGACUUUGGUGCUGCUACUCCCUCCAUACGUAAUCAGCAGAAGUACUGGAAGACGGCGGCAUGCUGGUUGCAGACCACCUCUUACCCUUGGCUUUGGUUCGAGGGCUUCGACGAACCUUCUAAGGCUGACUCUGCAGAUAAGCUUGACUACGAGAGGAGCUUUGCCUCAAAUUUCCAGAAGCCCAAGUUCGACUUGCAUUGUUAA